AUGGCAACCUCAGUCAGCCCGGCAACGCAUUAUGAGGCGGCUUACAAGAAAGGUCCACUGCUGUUUCAGAUGCUGGAAGCUAGCUUUGGUGAGCUCGGUAAUUUACUCAGAAACACAGAUACGCCAACUGAAAGCGAAUACCUCAAAUACGAAGAUCUCUUGGAGAACAAUUGGGUUGAGCGGUCCUCCGGGGACGAUUCCAAAAUUCUGGCGCGACUGUUGGAGGACCUUGGAAUCAAUACUUCAAGUAAUAUCCCUGUUUCACAUGAACACCACGGCGUUGCACCAAUAGAAGAGUCGCUACAAGAAGGACUUGAGAUGCAGAUACGCUUCGACUCAGUCAUCAACACUUCCGGUGGUACGAUUGCGGCCAUGAACACGUACAGUCCUAUGCAUGAUUGGAGAAAAGCGAAAGCGGAUGCCGAGAAUGCCCUACUAAAACAAGCCGGCCACAAGUCUACGGAGAAAAAUAACGUCGGCGAUGACGUCCCUAGCCUGAAGUACUGGUCCGAUGUCGCGUACCUAAAAUGGGCCGGGCAUGUCACGGACUCAUCCGACUUACGUUACGUGAUGCGAAUGAGCAUCACAAACGAAAAGACAAAAGCCGUCAUCCAGCAUAUCAAACAACAAGCCCAUCCCAAUGCUUCAGGCUCAUGCUCAUUCGACGUUGAGGACCGGGAUCAGGUAGCCGCUUUUCUAGGGACACCGAAUGGAGCCGGAGUCGCUUGGUUGCUCAUACAGCAUAAACAGCAAUUGGGCCAUAAGACAGUUUACAAGCAAGACGAUAGUUCCAAGCUUGGUGUUCCACCUUCGCGGUGUGGCUACUCCGAAGCCAGGCAGCGAGGCAGGUGGUUGAAGGAAGUCGCUAUGAGGGCAGAGUGA